GGGGGGCGCCCGCUUCUUCCGGCCGGGAGCGGGUCGCAACAAAGGAGGGAUCGCGCCUUUCGCCAGCGCCGAGGAGGAUCGGGAAGACCCCUGAAUUUCCGACCCGGCUGCCGCGCGCAAAACUUCAUACUGUUGGGGGAGAGGGAGGAGGACGAGAAGGAGGGGCGAGGCGAGGCGGCCCGGGAGGGAAGCGCUGCUGGUGGCCUCGGCUCCCCCGACGGCACGAUGCUGUCCAACUCCCAGAACCAGAACCCCCAAAUACUUUUCCCCAACCCGCCGCCGCCGCCCCCGCCGCCGAUCCAGCCGCCCCAACAGCAGCAGCAGCAGCAGCAGCAGCAACUGGCCCCGCAACAACAAUUCCCCCAGUUCCACAUCAAGUCCGUCCUCCCGAUCAAGAAAAACGCCAUCACGGAUGAUUACAAGGUCACCACGCAAGUCCUAGGGCUGGGGAUUAAUGGGAAAGUUUUGGAAAUCUUCAACAAGAAAACUGGAGACAAAUUCGCUCUGAAGAUGCUGCAAGACUGUCCGAAAGCUCGCAGGGAGGUGGAGCUGCACUGGAGGGCCUCUCAGUGUGCUCAUAUCGUGAAGAUUAUAGACGUCUAUGAAAAUCUUUACCAGGGUCGAAAAUGUCUCCUGAUAGUCAUGGAAUGCUUGGAUGGUGGGGAACUCUUCAGUCGAAUUCAAGACAGAGGAGACCAGGCUUUCACAGAAAGAGAGGCUUCUGAAAUAAUGAAGAGCAUCGGAGAAGCCAUUCAGUAUUUACACUCAAUCAACAUUGCACACCGGGAUGUUAAGCCAGAAAACCUCUUAUACACCUCAAAAAGGCCGAACUCUGUAUUAAAACUCACCGACUUUGGAUUUGCUAAAGAAACCACCACACAUAACUCCCUAGCUACACCAUGCUACACACCAUACUAUGUGGCUCCAGAAGUACUAGGCCCAGAGAAAUAUGAUAAGUCCUGUGAUAUGUGGUCCCUUGGUGUCAUCAUGUAUAUUUUAUUGUGCGGGUACCCCCCUUUCUAUUCCAACCAUGGUCUGGCCAUUUCCCCGGGCAUGAAGAAACGGAUCCGGAUGGGUCAGUACGAAUUUCCCAACCCAGAGUGGUCAGAAGUAUCUGAGGAAGUUAAGCAGCUGAUCCGGAAUUUGCUGAAGACAGAUCCAACCCAGCGAAUGACUAUAAUGGAGUUCAUGAAUCACCCUUGGAUCAUGCAAUCAAUGCAAGUGCCACAGACCCCGCUGCACACUAGCAGAGUUUUGAAAGAAGAGAAAGAUCUUUGGGAGGACGUUAAGGAGGAGAUGACAAGUGCCUUGGCCACCAUGAGAGUGGAUUAUGAACAAAUCAAGAUUAAGAAAAUUGAAGACUCAUCCAACCCAUUGCUUAUGAAGAGGCGGAAGAAAGCAAACCCUGCUGAACCUACAGCACUCCCCCAUUGA